AUUAAAUUCCGACCUUUUUAUUUACUCGCACUACCCCCUCAUUAAAUUAGCACCAUACCUAUGCGACCAUGCAAUGACACCCUUAGCUUUCCUUAAUGACAACUGGUCUAUCUCAAGAUUAGCCGCUUGCCCAUUUCAGACAGCAUGGCUCCUCCAGUACCCCCCGAAAGGAUCCUGACUAGGGGCGAGGUGGAGUCGGAUUGCGUACUUCCUCACCAAGGAAGCCACGAAGUCGUGGUAGGCACUACGGAAAAAUCACGGAUACAGGAAACCACACAUUCUGGAGCUCCACACUGCUCUUAUGAAGGGCUAAACCCUAUGGAGAAUUAUUCUUCUUGUCCUAAGCGCUUCACCACCAUCUCGGAAUUUCCUUAAUCCUUCAUUCUCGUACCUUUGCUGCUAAUAUCUUCAUCAUGGAUAUCGAGCCGUUGAGUUCACUAGCGCGCCUUUUAAAGCUUUUGCUCUUAUUUCUAUCAGUUCUCGUCGCCUACGCUAUCCUCAAAGGCUUCUACAAUGUUUUCCUUCACCCUCUACACUCAUACCCUGGACCCCUCUUAGCCCGUUUCACCGUCUUAGUUGCCCAAAAUCAAGCACUGAAGGGCCGCAGCCCCUUUUGGCUCCACGAACUGCACAAGAAAUACGGACCUGUCGUACGCUUGAAACCUGACGAGCUGUCCUUCAUCGACCCGGAAGUUUGGAAAGACGUAUAUGGUCAUAAAGGAUCUUAUGGCGCAGGAUCCUUCGUGAAAGAGCCCAAGUUCUACGGCCCAGACGUAUUCGGUUCGCCUCCGGGUCUCACCAGGGCGGAUGCCGUGGCUCAUGCCCGACAGCGCAAAUUGGUAUCGCAUGCCUUCAGCGACAAGGCACUGCGAGAGCAGGAGAGUUUACUGAAAUGGUAUGUGGAGUUGUUGAUUCAGAAGCUGCGAGAGGCAGAAAGAAAACCCGACAAUAGGGCAGUUAACCUGGUGGAUUGGUUCAACUUCACCACCUUCGACAUCAUGGCGGACCUUACCUUUGGGGAACCCCUCAAGCUUCUCGAUGGCUCAGAUUAUUCACCCUGGGUCCGCUCCCUUUUUGCAAGCUUGAAAAUGAUCCUGAUGAUCCAGAUCUUGCGCGCGUGGCCUGGGAUGGAAACUUGCCUGAACGCCCUGAUACCGAAGUCUAUCAAAGAGAAAUGGAAACUGCAUAUGCGACAUUCAAUUGACCGAGUUGAGAAGCGUUUGGCGCGUAAGACAGAUCGACCGGAUAUCUGGACUUACGUAAUGCGGUACUCCGAAAGCGAGGAGAACAAAGGAAAGGGUCUUGAGACGACUGAAAUGCAUUCAGACGCUGCGUUGUUUAUGCUGGCUGGAACUGAGACGACAGCAACUGGACUCAGUGGUGUAACCUACCGGUUGCUGAAGAGUCCGGAACGGCUCGCAAGACUGACGAAGGAGGUUCGAGAAGCGUUUCCUACAUAUGACGAUAUGACAAUGGUGAGACUAUCGCAGCUAACGUAUUUGGGUGCUUGUUUGGAGGAAGGAUUGAGGAUUUACCCUCCUGUUCCAUUAGGCUUAGAGAGGAGAACCCCAUCCAGCGGCGCGAGAGUUGGUGGACAUUGGGUCCCUGGAGGCAUGACUGUUCAGCUGGCGCAAUAUGCGGCCUACCAUUCUCUAUUGAACUUCAAGAACCCUGAUGACUUUAUUCCCGAACGAUGGCUUCCUGAAGGUGAAAAGGAAUAUGCAUCAGAUAAGAAGGAGGUCCUGAAUCCAUUUUCGUACGGUCCAAGAAACUGCCUAGGGAAGAACUUGGCCUAUCACGAAAUGCGCCUAAUUCUCGCUAGUGUCCUCUGGAAUUUCGACAUGGAGCUUUGCGAAAGCUCGGAAGGGUGGCUAGACCAGCAGGUCUUUGUCCUUUGGGACAAGAAUCCUUUGAUGGUCAGAUUGACGCCCAUUAGAAACUGACCCCGGGCCAGACUAGAUGGGGACUUUAUGUAAGGAUUCUCCGGUCCCAGCUUGUAGCUCUAUUGGCAAAAUUACAGGAGAAUGCGGCCUUGGUACUUAAUCGGUAUCGUAUAAUGGUUUGCUUUUGUCCCACACUCAACCUCGACUUUCAAGUGAUUUUCUACUUUUCUUUCGCUCUUGAAUUCUUC